UAUGAGUUAUAAAUAUUUUAAUAAACUUUAAUACCUACUUUUUAUAUUUAUUCAAAUAUGGUAGCAUCGUGUUCUGCACAUGGCUGUGUAAACAGACAAAUAAAAGGCAUUAAAAAUCAUUUUUUUACAUUUCCAUUACGAAAUCCUGAGCGCAAUGCUAAGUGGAUAAAAGCUGUUGGACGAAAAGGCUUUAUUCCAACAAAAAAUGCACGAUUUUGUAGUAAUCAUUUUUUGAAAAGUGAUUUUAAAACUCCAGUUGGUGGUACCUAUAAAUUGUUAUUGUGUGAUGAUGCUGUACCAUCAAUAUUCAACAUGACUGUUAUUCAAACACCAACAACAAUAUAUAUUACUCAGAAAUGUGUGAACCAACUUCAAGUCAAUUAACUACUACAGAGUUAUCUACAUCAGUUCAACAUGAACCAUUAUGUCUUACUCCAAAAAGACAUUUGUGUUUUAAAAGUGCUGAAGAAGAAUUUUCAUUAAUCUCCACUCCUUCUAAAUGUAAAAUUACUGUAUCACCUUAUCGAAAAACAACUCCUUCAAAAUUAGUACAUAAAAAUAAAAUAAUAAAGCAAGCUAACACAAUUAAAUUAUAAAAGCAACAAAUCAGACGUAAAGAUAUUAAAAUUAAUACUUUAGCAGGUCUUUUAAAGUUACUAAAAGACAAAAAAGUAUUAAACAUGGAAUCUGAAGAACUUAUGUUAGACAAAUUUGACGGACUCUCUCAAGAAUUAUUUUCCAA